GGCCUCUGGCUCCUUCCUCUUCCUCCGCGGGGAGGCAGGGCGGCCGGCCGGCCGGGCCGGGACACGGGCCAUGUUCGACACAGGCAGCCCCUCCCCCCGGAGCAGCCCCAGCAGCUCUCCGUCCCUGCGGAAGCGCCUACUGCUGCCCCCCCGGACCUCCCCAGAGCUCCCUGCAGAUGCCAUGGUGGAAAAGAGCACAGAGAGUGUCCCAGAGCGGGGCCCCUUGUCUGCCCCCCUCAACUACCCACUGAGUGCCAGGAGUUUCAUCCGCAACAGCAAGAAAGCGCAAAGCUGGUACAGCAUGCUGAGCCCCACGUACAAACAGCGCAAUGAGGAUUUCCGCAGGAUCUUCAAGGGGCUGCCGGAGAGCGAGCGGCUGCUUGUGGAUUACUCCUGUGCACUGCAGCGCGACAUCCUGCUCCAGGGGCGGCUCUACCUGUCCGAGAACUGGCUCUGCUUCUACAGCAACAUCUUCCGCUGGGAGACAGCAAUCUCUGUCCCGCUGCGGGAGGUGAAAUGCCUGAAGAAGGAGAAGAUGGCCAAGCUGAUUCCCAAUGCCAUCCAGGUCUGCACUGCGGCCGACAAGCAUUUCUUCACCUCAUUUGGAGCCCGUGAUCGCUGCUUCAUGCUGAUCUUCCGUCUGUGGCAGAACGCGCUGCUGGAGAAGACGCUGUCUCCCCGGGAGCUUUGGCAUAUUGUUCACCAGGGCUACGGCGCUGAGCUUGGCCUCACCAGUGAGGACGAUGACUACGUCUGUCCUGUUCCCACUGACGAGCUCAAUGGCCUGGGGCCAGCCAGGGAGCUCAGUGACAUUAUGGAGCUGAGAGACCUGGCCUUGCCCUGCGCUGCUGACCUCAAGCUGGAGCCCAGCCCCACGUUGGCCAGGACAGCUGCUAGUCAGAGCUUCCACUCACUGGCUAGCAGCAGCGAUGGGGCCGCCUCGCUGGCAGAGGACCCCGAGGAGAAUGUGGACAGCCAGGCGGAUACUGCCUCCAACUGCACAGUGACACCGGGGCUGGAGCCCCCGAAGGCUGCGGUGCUGGGGGGGGCCCCGCUGCCUGCCCUGGGGGACCUGCUACCCCAUGAGGACCUCCCCACUGACACCAGCAACUCCUCCUCUUCCUCCUCCACGCAGGAUGAAGGGGAGGUGGACGCCUUCUCAGACCUGCCCGGGCGGCUGCUGCUGAACUGCGUCUAUUGCCUGGGGGCCGAGCGGCUGCAGCAGAUGCUCUUCAGCGACUCGCCGUUCAUGCAGAGUUUCUUGGGCCAGCGCAAGUUCACAGACGUGACGCUGACCUCAUGGAGUGGCAAGAGCAAGUGCCACCAGAGCCGUGUCCUCUCCUAUACCAUCCCCCUCAGCAAUCCGCUGGGGCCUAAGGCAGCUACUGUGGUGGAGACACAGACCCUGUUCCGUGCCAGCCCCGAUAGUGGUGCCUGCGUGGUGGACUCGGAGGUGAUCACGCAGGGCAUCCCCUACCAGGACUACUUCUACACUGCCCACCGCUACUGCAUCAGCACGCUGGCUACAGGCACGGCCCGCCUCAGAGUCUCCUCCGAGAUCCGGUACCGGAAACAGCCCUGGAACCUUGUGAGAGCCCUGAUUGAAAAGAACACAUGGAGCGGCGUGGAGGAGUACUUCCAGCACCUGGGGUUGGCGCUGGCACGGGCGGAGAAGACGCUGCUGGAGGAGAGGGGCCAUGGGAUAGAGCCGCGGGGGCUGCUGGCUGGGCUGCGCCGCAGGAAGCGCACACUGGGCUGGAGGGCCCCCCAUGCUGAGCCCACCCUGGCCACACUGCCCCCCAGCGAGACGGGGCCCCGCACCCUGCGCCCUUCCAGCAGCCUGGCAGCCCGACUCUCCCAGCAGCUCAUGGAGCGGAGCCGGGGCCCCACCGUGUCCACCCUCAUCCUCAUCGUCAGCCUGGUCCUGCUGGUCCUGGUGGUUCUCAAUGUGAUGCUGUUAUACCGACUGUGGGCGCUGGAGCACACGGCCCGCGCCUUCCAGGCCUGGCAGGCCUCCGCACUGGCCCGAGGGAAGCUGCCUCGGACAGCAGGCGAGUGGGCCGAGGUCCUAGAGCUGCAGCGGCGUUUCCAUGGUGCCGAGGUGCAGAAGUGGAGGCGGAUCCUGGAGGCCUCUGUGGAGCUGCUGGAUGAGAUGAAGGUCUCCCUGGAGAAGCUGCACCAGGGCAUCAUGAUGGCAGAACCGCCCCCGGAGCCAGGCCAGGCUGACGCCAUCUCCUGAAGCUGUGCUGGCCGCCAGGGGCCACGGGAGACUGAGCUGGAUCUGAGACUGCAGCUGGGUCAGCGCCGCCUGGACGCCACCUGCAGGCCGGCUCCUUCAGCCAGGUCAGCGUCGCCCGGACGCCCCUCAUUGGCCAGCUCCCUCGGCCGGGUCAGCGCUGCCCGGAAGCCCCUCGUCGGCCGGGUCAGCGCCGCCCGGACGCCCUCCUUCGGCUGGCUCCCUUGGCCAGGUCAGCGCCACCUGGAUGCCCCCCUUCAGCCGGCUCCCUCGGCCGGGUCAGCGCCGCCCGGACGCCCCUCGUCGGCCGGGUCAGCGCCACCUGGACGCCCCCCUUCGGCUGGCUCCCUUGGCCGGGUCAGCGCCGCCAGGACACCCCUCAUCAUCCGGUUCCCUUGGCCAGGUCAGCGCUGCCCAGACGUCCCCUGCGGGCCAGUUCCCUCGGCUGGGUCAGCGCCACCUGGACGCCCCUCAUCAGCUGGCUCCCUUGGCCGGGUCAGUGCCGCCCGGAUGCCCCUCGUCGGCUGGGUCAGCGCCGCCUGGACGCCCUUCGCCGGCUGGCUCCCUUGGCCGGGUCAGCGCCGCCUGGACGCCUCCCAGGGUCUGCUUCUCCUGCUGGGUCAGCAGCACCUGGCCAUUAGCUGGCGUCAGCACUGGCUUGGGCUGCCCUGCUCUCCUGCCACCCCCCUGGCGGAGCAGGUGUCUGUGGUGACAGCUAGGUGGAGGCCGCACCGUGGGACACAUGGAGGAUCCCCAGGGGGCUGGCUCUGCCCCCCCGAUCCGCCCUCUGCCUGCAACCCAGGACAAUGGUGGCUGGACUGCGGCUGCCAGCUGGGUACAGCCCCCGUGUCUGCUGGCUGGGGGCCUGUUGUGGCCUGGGGGAACCCAUCCAGCCUGGGCUAGGAAUUGACUUUCUAAGUGGUCUAGCUGCACGGUGUUACUGUGGGGAGUGGCCAGGGCAGUUCCCCCACCCCCCUACCUUGGAGCCAGGACUCCUGGGUCCUCUCUGUGCUAGAGCAGGGGCACCCUUGGGGCAGGCUCCGUGCGGUGCCAGGGGCACUGCCCAUGGCUCUGCCCCCUUCUCCAAACACUCGAUUCCCAGAGGGCUCGGUACCCACCAGGCAUUGGGUCGUUGUCUCCUGGCCUGGGCCUCUUGCCCUUCGCCGCUGCUGGCGGGGGCUGUGUGUGUGUGUGAGCCCCCCAACCAGCCUGCACGCCAUCUGCUCCCUCCUCAUCCUCAGUGUUACGGGGCUCGGGCCCCGCCCCACUAUUUAUUAGCUGAUUAAAGAGCGUGGCUGGGAUAGCGCCACCUA